GCCCGCUAAAGUUAGAGCCAUUGCCCCUAAUGUCCCGCAUUUUGCAGAUGUACAUCCAUCCCAACUCCUGGGCGCUGCCUUUGAUUGUGUUUCUAUUUAUUUUACAUUUUGACUUUUGCUUGUUUUUAUCAUCCUUUUUGGCCUUAACCACACAUACAGCAUCACUAUAGAACACUGCGUCAACAAGCAGCCUCCAUUCUUGGUCUCGGCUCCUCCUGACAUAAUCUGCGACGCUGGGCACCACCAAAAACACGUUUCACGCCAUCGUCGCUUUCUGGCGUCUCCCGUUGCAACCAGCGUCACCGCCCCUCGCGUUCUGCCCAAUUCUCGCUGCGAACUCGCCACGGAUCGCAGCCAAAAUGACUGCUCGCUAACCUCGACACGCGCUCAUCAUCACCCGAGCGCUUAUACCUUGCAACCGCCAUGCCCGUCGCUGAACGAGGCCGCCCGCCGCCUCCAGGCGUGGCCGCAUCACGAGCCAUCAACCGCAACCCGCUCACACCAAAGGUUGCUGCAAAGGGCUCUCCUGUCGGCUCGCCCAUGAACAGAAAGCCACAGGGCCCUCUUCCUAUGCUGGCCGGCGCCAACAGAGACGAUAACAAUACCCCAAACAACAAUAACUCCCCCGCACCAUACCUCGCUUCCAACAUCACCCCUCGCUCAGGGAGCCGACAAAUCCGAGCCGAAACCUUCCAUGGAACACCGACUCCAGCACCAACUGCUGCCAACGAUAGAACAAGUGAUGGAUGGGACAGCAGUAGUGGCAGCAGGCUUGGUCUUGGCCUGACUGUCGCUCCAUCGGACGCGGCAUCACGCCCGACGAGCAUGCUGGCAGACUCGUCUACAGACUCUGCUGACUCCAAGUUCUUUUAUGCAAGCGAUGCAAAGAAUGUCCAGCAGCAGUCUCAACCCUCACAGCAACGCCCGACAUCGUCCCAAAAACCAGCAACGUUCUUUUACGCCAACGGAACAGUCGAACCCACUAGACGAACAAGUCCCCCCUCAAACACACAGAUCGGAAACAUGCCGCCUUUGACGGCGGACAGCUCAGCAUCCAAGUUCUUUUAUGCCAACGGACAGCCAGAUGGCCCUGUCAAACAACCAACGCCUAUAUCUUCUUCCGCCUCUACCCUUUCAACUACCUCACGACCCGCCCCAACAAGCCGACCAACAAGCGCCUAUUCCGUCACUACUGGCCCCGGACUGUUUCCUCGACCAACUUCACCAAUCAAGCAGCUUGGAUCACCUGGCCAAGGCUUCAGAACUGCCAUGUCGCCUGUUUCACCUAACAGAGUUCAAGCUACAUCGCCGCCUGGCGUUGCCGCCUCUGACCUCGGAGUGGGCAAGGGGAAACGGAGAAUCAGUAUCGAAACCGCACCGCCCUUGCUGCGGCAUCAAACAGAACCACAAUUAACGGAACGACCGCCCCUGCCGAAGCUUACCUUGUCUCCAAACCCCUCGGAGCAAAUCUCACCGCCACUGAGCCCGGAUCCAUCCCAAGCAUCGUUGACCAUGGCUUCGAUUCUGCGAGCAGCAGAAGCUCUGGAAGAAAAGGAGAGCGAACCAUCGGGCGUGCAAAGCCCGACAAAGUCGACCUUUUCAGAUGCUGCCAUUCAGGACUUGGUUGUCAAUGCUAGACGUGAACGCAAGGUCCAAGACUUGGAAAUCACCAAUGCGUCACUGGAAGCCAUCAACCGAACUCUGGAAAGGCAGCUCCGAAAACAAACCUCGGAACUACGACGCUUCCGUCGUCUGUCUAGGUCAGGCAGGCUAUCGCUCAAUUCGAUACCUAACAGUCGAAACGUCUCUGCCGCGUUGACAGACCCCGCUAUCAACCUAUCCGAUCUCAGUGAGCAUGAAGAAACCGACGAGGAGGAAGAUGAUGACUCUAUGGAUGAUUCAUUCAAUUCGCCUCCCGACUCGCCGUCGGGCUUGGUUGAAUCGCCAGCCGCGCUCAGACGGAAGCGUGACGAACGUCGUUUGCAGCUUGAUCUCACAAAGCACCAAGAAAUCCUUGUUGACAGCCAAAAGAUGAACCAAAGCAUUAAACGCUGCCUCAACUGGACUGACCUGCUAAUCAAGGAAGGCCAAAAGGCUCUCGCCUACAAGGUCAACGUAUCAGAUAUCAAAUUCGGCGGCCGCAUUCUCACACCGCUGGAUGAAGAAGAAGACGCCUCACAUGCAAACGAAACGACACCACCCCCAACUUCAGAACAGAGCCUUGAGCCAUCGUGGAUGAAGGGAGCACAAGACCGCGACAGCGGCAUAGAGUUACAAGCUGGCGAAGGAUCCCAGUAGUUUGCCCAGCCAUAUAUCGAAAGCAGAAACCGGCACGUCACGGCCAGGACGCCGGACGAUGGCCACCAACACCACUCUCACGUCUACCUGCAGUCAUCAGCGAUGAUUGUUUCCAUUCGCAAGCACCAGCACCGCAUUACCAGAGCGCAACUGCUCUACCGCAUCCUUAUUUUUGACAUUACGAGCCUUUCAUUGUGUUUUUCAUUUGUUGCCACCCAUUUACACCCCUUUGCCUCGACGGCUCUGCGUCGUUUGCUUUCAUCUGCCCACCAUCCUUGCUUGGCCUUAUUUCGCUAUACACAUGUAAUAUUAACAGAUACCCUUGGGGACGGCAUGGUUUAUAUAGGAGAUCAUUCUUUUUUUACACUUUAUUCUUUCAUUCGACCGCUCUUUUGCUGGAGGCCAUGAUGACGAGAAACUACAGCAACGUCGGAGGUAGCUGUCAAAAGAAGACAAUAGAUACAGAAAGAAACAAUCUACAAACAC